UUGACACUCGGUACGUCACAGUGUCGUGCCUUCGCAUCCGACCGCAAUUCUCUCUCCCCAUCUCUCUCUCUCGACUCAGGCCUCGCCUCACUAUCCGCUACGUACCCGCUGACUCGGCAAUUUGCGGAGCCAAUGGCUGCCGUCCCCGUCAGCAUGAGCCGACCCACCGUGGCUGCCACGUCAGCCAACCUAAGGCAGCCUAUUUCCACACACAGGGAUGCCUCGUUCUCAUGGCUCUCUGCUGCUCACUCUCACACAGCGUGCUUCUCUCCUUUCCUGCACGCCAGCUCAGCUCCCCCCUCUGCUGCUGCCGCGCUAUCUGCUGCGGCUGUGGUGCCGGUGCUAGCAGCCAAAGGCGGGCCGAAAAAGAACUUCAAGAAAGCCAAGAAGCCUGCAUCUGACUCGGACACACCCGCUGUUGCUGCUGGAGAGGCUGGGGAUGCUGAGGGCAAGGCAGCAGCAAAGGCUCCAAAGGCUACCAAGGUUAAAAAGGAGAGCAGCAGCAUGAAGGGGAGGCCAGCAGUGGAUUUCACCACUGAAGCCAUGACAGACGGCAGCAUCACGGUGCGUGUGGACGUGGCGGGCAGUGAGACGGCCACGCUCUUUGACGGCACGCUGCGCUCGCUAGCCAAGGAGUGCCCGCCCCUGCCUGGGGCUAGGCUCGGCAAGGGAGGUAGGCUCGGAAAUGGGUCGAUAAGGCAGUGGUGCUGCGGUUCCUGGGCCGCUCGCGUGUGAUAGGGUUCAUCAUCACAGAGCUCAUCAACAAGUCGCUGCUGGCCUACCUGGACCAG